UUAUUUUAGGCAUCCGUUGUCAUGAUGUUUUGUUUUGUUUUUUUCUUGCCCCAGAAGUAAAGAAUUUAGGAUCUCCUAGUAUACACUAUGUUUUAGGUUGUUAUUUCAUUUCGCUAAGGUGAGAUGUCAAGAUGGCCUUUUCAAGUAAAUAUUACUAUUUCGAUUUCUUAACGAAAAACACAGGGAGAAGUUCGGUUGCAGCAUUUCCAGGCUUGCUGUUUCAGUAGUACUUCCACCGUGUUUUCCUCCUGCUAUGCGUUUUCAAGUGUUGGAUAACUCUAGUCGGUUUCUGUGUGCUGUUCUAGUAUAUUUAAGUAUUUUAAAAGCAAGAGAGUACUCAGACAAUUGACUGCUGAGUCAAAUGAAGCUCUGGAUAUACCUCCUGUUACUGAGGAAGGGAUCUGACCUAGUGAAAGGAAGACAGAUCACUUGGUAAUUUGUGAGGGUAUUUUUUUGACUCAUAGCAUAAUAAUCCAUGUACCAAAAUAACACAUUGUAGAGCAGUUGCUCUUCACCCAUUUUAAGAUUAUGUACCACACUUCUGAACUGCCUUUCUGUCAUGUAGACUAAAACAUGCAUGUUGUCAUAACUGUUGCGUUUGUUUGUCCUUUAUGCUAAUAAAAGGCUUUGUGUUAAUGCUCCAUUCACAGAAGUUUACAUCAUGAAGGACUAUGUACAUCAUGCAGUAAUAAUUAUUUUGUUUAGCAGCUAAAACAAAUGGUAUGUUCUGCCUGUUUUAACCAUGUUUUUCUUUUCCAGAAUUGCAGGAAAAGUGAAUUUAUGGAAUAAAAAUCUUUACAUCUGUCCAAGGAAGCAGAAUUGGGUCUCUUUGAAGGUGCCAAGUUGUACAUAAUAUGGCAAUGAUACCGGUAUAUAAAGUGGUCCUCACCAUGCACAUUAUAGAAAUAAUAGUAGAAUUAGAAAUAAUUAGAAUUUUAUAGAAAUAAUAAUAAGAGAAUAGCUACAGAGAAUCAGCAGUUGUAAUGUUGAUGGUUAUUCUCUGGUUUGGAAGUAGUGGUAGCUCAAAUUAUUGUCUGUUUCAGGGAGCACUUUUAGGAAAUACAGCCAGAGUAAUAAACAUAUUGUGUUUUGGCAGAUUUGCGGUUUCAGGAUUAACCUGGGUGGAAUUUUGUUCUUGUAAUUGUGAAUGCUCCAGAGGCUGAGCUCAGUGCUUAGCAGGAAUGAUAGAAAACAUAUCAUCUAAAUGUAGAAGAGUUUUUUAAUUAGUCACUCAUGUCAGCCAUGUUUUUCCUCAAUUGAUAUUUACAGGAAAGCACAAAUUUGCUUAAACCUUGAAAUUUAUUGUUCUUCAUGUAUUACAUGAAGGGAGCCUAAGGAUGUUUUCUUAUCCAAUAACUGAACAAACUUGCAGUUCUUUUAAAUCUAAUUUAUUUUAAUGUUUUUUGGUUUUUGUUUUUUUAACUGUUGAUCAAUGAAAGUUUUGGCUGUCAUCUGUUUAUUCUUAUGAAAAUCACAGCAUGAAAAGACAACUCCUUUCUUAAAGAAAAGAUUUUUUUGUGCUAAACAAAUGCUGUACAUUGUCUCUUUAGUAUCCUGCAUGUUUAGAAUUAAAAUGUGCUUUUGCACUUAGCACUUGCAGAACAUUUGCAGUUUUGAAAAUGUGUUUAUGAGGAAAGUGCAGAAUGAUACUUGCUCUAAGUUUAUGAGUUGAGACAUUCAUUUGUAACCAGAGAAACUCUAGUCCAGUUAUGGAUGUCAGAUGUUUACAUAUACUGGAUAUUGAAAUCAUGUGCUGCAUUUAAGAAAAUUACUUCAGUUUUUUAAUUAAGCAGUGCAUAUGGUUUUUACAAUAGUAUAGCAUCUACUGUAUCAUAUAUUUUGAGUACAAAUUGUUGCCAUUCCAAUGCAGUGAAUUGGACUGAAAGAUAAAGUGAGGGUAGUUGUUUCUGUGGGCUAGAAGGGUCAAAUUCACAAGCCAGUGUUCUGUGGCUUUUGGUAGAAAGCUUUCAGGCAAGGCUUGGCCUGUGUGAGAUUCACUAGAUUGUUUGUGCCUGGAGGGAACAAGGUCCCCUCCCUAGGAGGAUGAAGUGGGAGAUGAGAUCCCCUGUGCUCCUGAAGGAUCAGAUACUUGCCUCUGCUGUCCCAGGGAGAUGUUGCUGGUGUGCACCCAGGACCUGUCACUUAAAGCCAUUGAGCAUUUCUGGCUCACAUUAGCUGUGUGAGGUUUCUUCAGGGCUGACACUUGCUUCCCUGCUGUGAAAGCUGAAGCCUGCUGUCCAGGAGGGUUUGUGAUAUGCUGUGGAAACAGUUGGUUAUGCUGAGCUUUAGAAUCUGGGAAUAUGUUUAGAAAAAAAAGACUAAAUUAAUGUAUGUCCCUUUUUUUCUCCCAGUUGCACCUGUGUCUGUCUGUGUACUUUGUGAUGUUGAUUCUUCAAAACUGGACAUAAACAUCUCUCAGCUUGGAAACCAAAAGUAUUUUGUGCCUACUGUCAAAACUAAAUAAAUACAAGAUGAAACUUACGCUUGAAUUUGUUUUUGUAGUGGGCCCCACCAUGAUCGAAGUUGUGUUUACAACCAGAGCAACAUAGUAGAUGGAGUUUACUGCCUCCCAAUAGCACACUGGAUUGAAGUCUCUGGACAUACUGAUGAGAUGAAACACACAACUGAUUUCUAUUUUAAUAUUGCAGGACAUCAAGCUAUCCAUUACUCCAGGAUUCUGCCAAACAUCUGGCUGGGAAGUUGCCCUCGGCAGCUGGAGCACGUGACAAUCAAGCUGAAGCAUGAGCUGGGAGUUACAGCUGUGAUGAACUUCCAGACUGAAUCUGACAUUGUUCAAAAUUCCUGGGGCUGCAACCGCUACCCAGAACCCAUGAGCCCCGAAAUCCUCAUGAAACUGUAUAAGGAAGAAGGUCUUGCCUAUGUCUGGCUGCCAACUGCAGACAUGAGCACUGAAGGAAGAAUACAGAUGUUGCCACAAGCUGUCUGCCUCCUGCACGGGCUGCUGCAGAACGGGCACACUGUGUAUGUUCACUGCAAUGCCGGUGUUGGCAGGUCCACAGCUGCUGUCAGCGGCUGGCUGAAGUACGUGAUGGGCUGGAGCCUGCGCAAAGUGCAGUACUUCCUGGCUGCCCGGAGACCAGCUGUCUACAUAGACGAGGAAGCUCUCAAUCGUGCUGAAGAUGAUUUCUACCAGAAGUUUGGGCAUCUUCGUUCCUCAUACCAAAUACAAGAGUAGAAAAGCAGAAGAUGGAAAGGAAUGUGAAGAGGAGAAUCCUUACAUUUCAACCCCAAGGACUUAAAAAUUUCUGUGACUCAGGCACCCACCUCACCUCUUCAGAUUAUAAACUUCUUGUGAAAGUGAUGAGAAUUUUGUUUAAAAUGUGCCUUGGAGUGUUUUUUUAUUUGCCUUCUUUAAGCAUGACAUGAUUCCUGUUUUCAAGCCUUUCAGUGCAAUUAUGAGACCUACAAACUCUGCAAAGUUUAACUACUUGCCUACAGGAACUGUGAUUUUGGGUAGACACUAAAUAAAAUGUGAAGUGAAAUAGAGUUGGCAAUAUUUCAGUGACAAGGAAAAAAAUACUAAGAUUGACUGGAUUAAGGUUCAGAUUAGGAUGGAGCAGAGCACCACCAAAGAUGCUCAGUUAUUUUAAGCGGCUAUUAGAUUGUUGCAGUAUUUUGUAGUAAUUCUGUAGUCAACUAGUAUUGAUGAGAAAGACCAGAAAGAAAUUGGUUCUUCAACUCAGUGUUUAAAGACAUAAAGCUAAUGUCUAAUGAACUAAGAUUUGCUCUUUGUCCAUCUAGUUAAUGUUAAAUGAGCUCCAGCUGUAUUCAUUUAUGACGCUGGGGUUAUGCUGGGCUGCCUUGCUUUGUUGUGGGGCAGGACCACUAUUUGUUACAUUAUCCUAGGAUGUGGAUUGAAGCUGCAUUUUGCUCCUCUGGUCCAUGCAGUGUUGAACAGGAGCUCCCUUAGGUCAGUCUGAGCAGUAACUGCUGGGGUAAGACAGGACCUAUAGGAAUUGUGUGAUAAGCAAUGUGCACGGCUGGCACUGCAGCCUCUGGGCUGUUGACCUACUUUAGUAUCUUCAAUACAGCAAAAGCCUCUCCUUGUGCAAGCAGUGGGUGUGUGUUAUGUUCAGCUGAUUGAAGCUAAUGCUGGGCUGUCUCUGGGCUGAAUGGAUACAUUCCUCAUAGGAACAAAGAGCAACUCUGCAGAGGAUGGUUUGAUGGUUUCUCAGGAGCUUAGCCUCAGUGUUAGCUUUGUGGAUGAUCCCUAAUGUUUUCCAUUACUGCUUGGUCCCUUAGCUAAACUAAGCAGUGGCACCAAUAGCUUCCAGUCCUGCUCAGAUAAAAUCAAUUUGCUGUAGGUUGAAUUCAAGAGAGAAGAGAGGAUUAAGGAUGCAUAAACAUUAAGAAACAUGAUUUCUAUAGGUUUAUUCUUCAGUGAAAUCUCAUUUUUUCCAGCCAACUUGUUCCUCUAAAGAUGCAGUCAGUGACAGAGUAGUGUAAGUACUAAAUAUUGAUUUUCUGAAUACUUAACAGACAAACUAUUAGAUAUGAACUGUUUAUAAAGAAUGUAGAAAAUAAUGUUUUAUUUAUCCUAUACUUCAAUCAUCUUAAGAAUAAAAAUGUUUAUUUAAGUUAUUCUGUGUGUGGUUUUGAUCAUGACUUCUUUUCUGAUUUUUCGAAAUAGCACUGCCUGUUUAGAAAAUGGAUGAGAAAAGUUCUCUGUUAAAUAAAGACAAAAUGACUAUUCCAGCA